AUGAGUCAGAACGACACUCGCGCUCAGCGACAGCGCGAGCAAGACGAACGUCGGCUCUCAAUUCAACGCAACAACGCGUACUUCUCCUACGUCUCACCGAUAAUCCCAAACGCAGACAUCGAGCGGUCAAUAACCCAUAGCCCAAGAAACCUUCUUCUACCAACAAAUCAAGAAAGGGCGCGCUCCUGCUCCCCCGCUCUCUUAGUUUCGACAGAAGCCCCGCUACCUCCAACAACAACAGCUGGAGAUAGACCGACAGCCCGCUCUACCUCGUCAUCGGCUGCACCCGCUCACGCUCAGACUGAGUCAGCGAAAGCUAAACCGCAAGCAAUAAACGGUACUGCUGCACUACCAGCAAGACAAAACGAAAACGUAAACAAAAAAGCUGUGUCGACCUGGCAGACUGGAAUGGACCGCUACAUUACAAUAAAGCGAAAGCUCAGCCCGGAAAAAUCAGAUCUGGAAAACAAGCCGAAAAAUACACGCGACAACUCUACCUUGAUCAAAAAUGUAGCCCUGCAAAUACCAACAGAUUUGCCUUGCUGGUAG